UGCCAAGAUGCUGGUAUUGGAGUGAUUAUCUCUAGGUGACAGUUUUGGAUAUGCUUGUUAAUAAAUGUGGAUAACUGCCCGUCCUUCAAAACAACAAGAAGCUUUCAGUUUGAAAAUGAACAGCGGCGAAUAUCUUUUAACCAUGAAAGUGAGAUCGUGGAUUUCGCUGCUGUCUGUGAUGUUGGUGUACGUUCUUGUGUCCGUGCAGUCGGUUCCAGGCUGUGAUGACACAAACUGCCGCGCCAGCAACGGCGAGACGUGUAACGGGAAAGGGGAGUGCAAGUGUGGCGUGUGUACAUGCACGGAGGGACACUGGGGGUCCACUUGUGAGCAGUGCUCCACGUGCCCUACACCCUGCAGUGUAUUUAAGGGCUGCGUCGGGUGUAAGAUCUUCGGGACCGGCCCAAUUGGAGUUAUUGAAUGUCUGAACCAGUGUGACUACAUCGCCAACUACCUCCCGGUGGAGAAAGAAGAGUUCGAUACUACCGAGGAUGAAAGGAUUUUGUGCAGUCAUUUCAAUGAGGGUAUGUGCAUGGAGUCUUUUAAAGUCGGCGGGGUGACAAAAGGGUACCGGGAUUUGUACGUCCGAACGGAGAUGAACUGUUCCGUUCCCAUACCGACCACAACAACGACGACGGUAUCUGUGAUUAACAUUGAGUCUAAUAAUGACUCCGACGACAAAGUUACCGUCGAUAAAGGCAAAGGGAAUCAUGGAACGGGAUAUAGUAACCCGAAAAGCGAGGACGCAGCGGCCGCGUCGGGUCACGAUAGCAUCACCGGCAGCGCGCCUGUCAAUAAGACGUCUGUGAUCUCAGUGUGUAUUCUAGUGGCCGUUUCACUGCUCGUCUCCACAUUUUAAAACGUUUGGUAAACACUUUCAAGAAAGCUUAGCCUGUAAAACUAUCUCUAAUGAUUUUCACAGUCCUGCUUUACGGAUGUUUAGAGAAUUUGUGUCAUACUUCAAGAAUAUCAACAUAUCAAAGCUAGGAUUCGAUUAAUGUGAUAUAUGACUUCGAUCAUAUGUUGCAAUGUUUGCUGGGCGUGUGACGUAAAAAAACCCCCAUCUGUGCCGCUUUUAUAAAGGAAUACUUUGAAUUAAAAGUAAAUUAAUUGUGAUGAACAUAAGCGCAGCAGCUGUUGUAAGCACUUGCUUGAUAAUCUCUGAGCGGUUCCUUUGACACAGUCCUUAGCUGUUAGUCAUUGUGGUAUACUGUGUCCUAAGUUCACGAUAACUUCACCGUCUUUGGUUAGCGCGAACUGUUUUUCUCAAAGGUCUAACGAAAUACCACUUUUGUAAUUAAUAUUUGUAUUUAAAUGUGCAAAAUUUAAUACUUGUAUAAGUUACUAUACGAAUUAUACAAAUUCAUUUUCAUUUAGUAAAUAGCUCUAGUAAUACAUAAAUGCAUUUUCAAUGUACAAACCAGAUAUAUACAAUAUGUCGGAUGAAGGCAUUUAAAAUCCUUAUAUAUACACUAAUGUGAAAAACUACAGAAACAAGCUCAGUAGCGAAAAGUUUUAACAUAAACCCGGUUUUAUCGCACUGGGUAAACGCCAAAGACAUAGAAAACAAAAACAAAACAUCACAAACAAGGAAGAACACCACAAAACUCCACAAACAGCACAGUGCAUACAUACUAUAUAUGAUAUAAAAACUAGGUAUAUUUAUAACGAUUGCGCCUUGGAACGGUCAGUAAAAAGUACUGGGGGUUUCUUAUCAAAGUAUGCAUUAACUUGAGGAAACUUAUGUCCAUUUCCUUGGAAAACUGAAACAAAUGUAUCAUACAAAAUAACAGAUAUGCAAUGUUAAUAAUUUUGUGUCAGAUUUUCUAAAUUAUUUAUGGUGCAUUUUGAAUAACUGUGCCUUGCAAAUUGUUAUCGUAUAUAUACCGUUUAAGGUAUUUUAUCAUGUUACUAUUAUAAAUGUACUGUAGUGGUAUGUAUGCAUGAGGUAUUUCGCAAUGGUAAAAUAUUCCUAACUAAAGGCAACAAUAAAAGCUCAAACCUCUGUCAGAAGGUUUUGUUCUCAGAAACCACAGAAAAAAACAUAUCAAUUUUAAAUGAGUUCUGGGAAUAUGUAUCAGUGAUAACUGAUUGAUUUCGAAUGCGAUGUAUACGUCGUUGAUAUAAAUUUACCAAUACAAGGCCAACAUGAUUGGAUGUUUGUAACUUUGUUAAAUGUUUCAUUACAGUAUUAACUAUAAGUGUAAGAGAAAGUUUGAUUGUCUAACUGUAUAAUUUAUUUUACAUACAUCAUAUAAUAAAUUUACGG